GGGCUGCAAGUUCAAAGAGUAAUUAGAAACAUGUAGAAACCGUUCCCUUGUAGCAAAUGACCAUUCAAAUGCUCCAAUGCUUCGAACCGGGGGAUCAUUUGUGGAAGAUGGGCGGGCGUUUUCGUGGCAAGCUCUAUGAUCAUCACCUGAUCUACAAGCAGAGAUGUGCCGAUGGACAUUUGAUUAUCGAGAACUCCUUUCGAGCCCGUGGUGUCGUUGAAAAGUGCUUGUCAGACAACCAACUGAGUGUGUACCAGUUGUAUGAGAGGCCUGCAGAUAGUGCAGCAUGUUUGGCUAAGGCUGAGGCUGCCUUGGUCGAAAAGAGGGGGUACAGCCUCCUUUGGUACAACUGUGAGACCUUUGCCAAUGACUGUACGCGAGGGAACGGCGGCAGCAUGCAAGUGCGACGUGCCACAGGCCAUGUCGCCUUGUUGAGUACAGCUGCCUCAUCUGCCGUUACAUCCGCAACAGUUGGCCUGGUGACUUCAACUCACAAAACUGUGCAUGUGAGUGACCAAGGAUGCUUUGGCUUGUGGAAAUGGCUGGGAUACACGCACCCAGUGGUGAAGACAGUUGUUGUCCAUCACCCUGCGGGUAUUGCGGCUGCGGCCGGGGCAGCCUGUGGCUGCUGUGUUUGGACAGUCUUCGCUGCAUUCGGUCGUGACGCCAAAAAAAGCCGCUCAAGGUAAAAAAAACUGGAGGAACACCUCUGGGUGGUGAGAGUCCCUCUUGAUGGUAGAAUCGGUAGAACAUGUAGAACCUUGAGCUUGGGUUCAACAUCGGUUCUUCAUGGAGCAGGUGGGAUGCUGAUGGGUCAUGAUCCAUUCUCAAGCGAAGCAAGUCAUUUCAGUGGUUGACUAUUGCAUGUGUUAAUG